AUGAUCGAAAAAGCCAGUAUUCUGUCCAUAAUAAUAGGGUGGUUGGGUGACCAUUUCCGGACACUCCUCACGGACCAGAGCCACUUUAUGGGCUCAUGCAGCUCGGUCUACAUCCAAGGCAAGCAGUUGCCUGGUCCUUCAAGGGCCUCGCUCACUGGACGUCAACGCCGUUCCCGGGGUGCUUCGGAUCUCGACGAAUACACAUCUCCGCCAAACCCAGCAACUCCUGGCAGUAGACGGUUCUCAAAUGGACACUGUGCGUAUACCAUGGCCUCGCUCAAAGGCACCUCAUCUUUUGUCAACUCAUUUGUCCUUUUUCAAGGCAACCCGGAUCUCGCUAGCAUCGGUGUACUGCGGAUAAUCCCUGGUAUAACAGACUAAGAGUAUUCCAACUCCUGCAGUGUCGCUUUGUUUUACGAUAGCCUUGAGCCUCAAUGACUACUGCUCGAACCCCGA